AUGAGAUUCCUGUUUGUGGCCAGCCUUAUUUCCCUUGUCCAGCUGGGGACAGCUGCACAAGGAUCCAACUAUAAUGUCACCAAAAGCUUCGCAGAAGCCCACAGUUGUGACUCCAAGUGCCAGGAUGCCUUGAACAACGCGAAUCCAAUCGAUCUCGCUACCUUUGGUGAAAACUUUGACUUUGAUUUCUACGAGACCGCUGCCAAUUUUUCUGGGACGACGGUAUAUCGCAUUCAGUACACGUCCCGCGACCUCGACGGGUCACCUGUGCCCGCUACUGGUUUCAUUGCUCUUCCAUAUGCACCCGCAAAGGAGAAUUCUAGCACGUACCCCGUCGUGGCCUACGCGCAUGGAACCAGUGGGAUCUACCGCGGCUGUGCACCGUCCAAUAGCCCGAACCUUUACGACUAUAACAGUUGGCAGCUCCUCAUCGAAAGAGGAUAUGCCGUCGUCGCCACGGAUUACGCUGGCCUGGGAAACAAUUACACCCUUCAUAAGUAUAUUAGUUAUCCGGCGCAAGUGAACAACAUCUAUUUUUCCAUGAUCGCCGCUAGAAAGGCAUUCGACAUCUUCUCGGACACCUGGAUGGCAGCUGGCCAUUCCCAGGGAGGAGGAGCAGUGUGGAAGUUGGCUGAGAGCGAAUAUGUCAAGUACGACAAAGACUAUCUUGGUACGGUUGCACUGGCACCAGCCGCCAAGGUCAUAGACAUGUUUCUGGUCGACAGGGACGAGGUCAUUUCCUCUGGCUACUUGCCCCUUCAUGCCAAGGCCUAUCAACGUGUGCACCCAUCGUACGAAUUGACUAUCCUGUCAGAUAUCAUGCGGGACCGCAUGGUCAUUUCGGACACAGCGCAGCUUUGUCUGGGUGCUUUGGGCGCCCUGUCCUCUGACUUGACAGUUGAUGAGAAUAUCUCACAGGAGGGAAUCAAGACAGACAUACCCCUCCUGCUGAAAUGGCAGAAUGAGAUGGCUCCGGCCUCUGGGGGACACAACUCUCAACCCCUCCUGGUCGUUCAGGGUCUGAAUGACACUGCGGUUGUGCCAUCCGUGACUCGGGCUCUAUGGAAACGUUCGUGUGAUGACGGAAACGAGGUCCAUCUCAGCGAGUAUCCCGGGAUGAAUCAUGAUCAGAUAAUUCUUGCUGCCGCACCAUGGUGGCUGGCCUGGAUGGACGCGCGAUUUGCAAGACAGCGCACCUCUGGAAACUGCUAUAUUGAGCAGAAAAGGCCAUUUGAUCUGAACCACAUGGAAUUAGCACCAGGAAGCUAA